AUGGAGGACGAGUUGGAAGAUAAGAUACUGUAUCAAACGUUGUCCAAGUCACACAUGAAGCUGCUCUCGAAGUUUGCAGUCGGCGUUACGCCGCUCAACAGCUCGCUCAGCUACGUCUGGAAAGUGAUGCGGGUGUACCUGCUAAAGCCGGAGGUGCUCAUUGCCGGCCUGCUGAUCUGUCUGUUCGUCCUGUACCUGCAAGCAGCCGAAGUAUGGAGCCGUGGCUUUAUCGGACGCAUCAGCAACUCGCUCGGCCUGGGCGGGAAGGGGGGCGGUCGAUCGGGGAAGCUCUCGAUGCUGGCUUCGGCGGCGGAAAAGAACAGCUGGGACGAGCGCACCACCGGAAGUGCCGUAUAUGCCGUCCAAGGCCGUCGGGCAAAGAUGGAAGACAGAUUUGUGAUAAGUGAAAACAUCAACAGCAGCGGGAUUUCCUUGUUUGCAAUCUUCGAUGGGCACGGUGGUGAAUACGCGGCAGAAUACGCUAAGAACGUGCUGAUAAAGAACAUACACCAGAAGCUGAUGCAAUCGUCCGCCAUCGCUGACGGAAAGGAGCCACCAGUUCCCACCAAGGCGGGUCUUUGCGCUGAUGGUGGUGCUCAAGAACGUACCGGGGAUGACGACGAGAAAGCGGCCAAAGACACGGACAAGAGCUCAGACAAGGAACAGGAAGUGAAUGAACGAUACAAGUUGAAUGCGCACAAUGGAAAUGGCGAUCCAUCCGGGACGGUUCAACGGCGGCAAAGCUUUCGCAAAGCAAAGACUGAGGACACUGUCGGUAGUAGUGGUGGAGGAGGAGGUACGGGUGCAGGUGGUGGUGGAGGUGGCGCUGCCAGCAGUAAUCAGAUGCUGGAGAAUGAUCUGCUGAGCAAAUAUAUGGGCAAUCAAUCGCCCGCGAGACAGCAGGUGAAGAAAAAUCUACUGAACGGCACAUCGGGAAGUGGCCCGGUGCCGGUAAAACCGAAAACAUACGAUGCCCGGUGCUACGUACAAAACGGAAGCAUCAACUUUGGCAAGAUUAUCACCGAUGAGGUACUGGCAGCCGAUUUUGAUCUUGUGGAGGCAGCGAAAAAACUGUCCGAUUUUGCCGGCACAACCGCCCUGAUUGCCGUCAUUCACCGUAGCAAGCUGAUAGUGGCCAACGUGGGCGAUUCGCGGGGCGUAAUGUGUGACUACAAGGGCAACGCAAUUCCGCUUUCGUUCGACCACAAACCGCAACAGGUACGGGAGCAGAAACGCAUCGCCGAUGCUGGUGGAUUUAUCGCAUUCAAGGGCGUGUGGCGCGUGGCAGGCAUUUUGGCAACAUCCCGUGCCCUGGGAGACUAUCCGCUGAAGGAGAAAAAUUUGGUCAUCGCCAAUCCGGACGUUCUUUCGUUCGAUUUAGUUGAUCAUAGGCCCCAGUUUCUCAUCCUUGCGUCCGACGGGCUAUGGGAUACGUUUACCAACGAAGAAGCGGUUGCAUUUGUACGCGAACGGCUGGAUGAACCACACUUUGGGGCCAAAAGUAUUGCCCUGCAAUCGUACAAUCGUGGUUCGGUGGACAACAUUACGGUGCUUGUGAUUGUGCUGAAAAACGGUCGGUACGAGAUCGGAUCAUCGAGCAACUAG